AUGAUAAAAAAUGGGUAUCGGAAUGAUUGUUUUGUGGCAAGUGUGUUGCUGACUCUCUAUGCCAAUUUUGGUGAACUAGGGGGUGUGGAAAAGUUAUUUAGAAGGAUUGGUGAUAAAGACAUUACAGCAUGGAACUCUAUGAUCUUGGCUGGAGCUCGUCCGGGUCACGGAUCUAGUCAUUCUAUGCAACUAUUGCAAGAGCUUUGUCAAACAACCUUAUUGCAAAUUGAAAGCGCCACUUGGGUUGCUGUCUUGAAGUCUUGUGAGAAUGAAUCAGAUUUAGUUGCAGCUUUUGUUGACAUUGAAUGGAAAGAUGAUAGUUCAUGGAGUUCUAUUAUUGGAACUUAUAAACAAAACGACAUGGAAUUAGAAGCUUUAGGCCUAUGCAAUUGCAAAGAGAUGCUGAAUGAAGGAGUCAAUUUUACAAGUUAUAGCCUUCCACUAUGUUUUUCAGCUUGCUCGCAACUAUCAGCUAUAUGUGAGGGGAAACAACUCCAUGUUCUAGCUAUCAAGUCCGGCUACAACCGUGAUGUCUACGUUGGCAGUUCCAUUAUAGACAUGUAUGCUAAAUGUGGGAACAUUGAGGAGUCAGAGAAUGUUUUUAGUGAACAAUUAGAGCCAAAUGAAGUGAUUUUCAAUGCCAUGAUAUGUGGAUAUGCACAUCAUGGAAAAGCACAACAGGCCAUAGAAGUAUUCAGUAAGUUGGAGAAGAACUGUGUGGCCCCCAAUCAUGUAACUUUCUUAGCUUUGAUGUCAGCUUGUAGCCAUGCAGGCUAUGUAGAAGAAACUUUGCAUUUGUUUACAUUGAUGCUUGACAAAUACAAGAUUAAGCCAAAAUCUGAGUAUUAUUCGUCCCUGGUUGAUGCCUAUGGUCGGGCGGGAAGGUUGGAGGAAGCUUACCAGAUAGUGCAAAAGGAUGGAAGUGAGUCGGCAUGGAGAACAUUACUUGGUGCUUGUAGGAAUCAUAAUAACACAGAAAUUGGAGAAAAAUCUGCCAUGAAGAUGAUAGAAAUGAAUCCUAGUGAUCAUGCUCCGUAUGUUCUUCUUUCAAACAUUUAUAAUGCAGAGGGAAAAUGGGAAGAAGCUAUUAAAUGCAGGGAGAAAAUGGCAAAGAUUCAUGUGAAGAAAGAUCCAGGAAAUAGUUGGUUGGUUUGA